AGCGGCCGGAACGGGCCGGGGCCUAAGUCCCGACGGCGACGCUCGUGGCUGCCUGGACGCGGGAGCUGGGGAGGCGCGGCCAGCCGGCAUGCGGGGCCCGGGCGGCGCCGCUGCCCUGCGGGAGUGAUCCGAGACAUGAGGAGCCGGCGCGGCCGGGGCAGCGGCGGCGGCUCGUGAGCCCGGAAUGGAGGACCGAUACGGCGGGGACGUGCUGGCCGGCCCGGGCGGCGGCGGCGGCCUGGGGCCGGUGGACGUGCCCAGCGCCCGGCUAACGAAAUAUAUUAUAUUACUAUGCUUCACUAAAGUUUUGAAGGCUGUGGGACUUUUUGAAUCAUAUGAUCUCUUAAAAGUAGUUCACAUUGUUCAGUUCAUUUUUAUAUUAAAACUUGGAACUGCAGUUUUUAUGGUUUUGUUUCAAAAACCAUUUUCUUCUGGGAAAACCAUUACCAAACACCAGUGGAUCACAAUAUUCAAACACGCAGUGUCUGGGUGUAUCAUAUCACUCUUGUGGUUUUUUGGCCUCACGCUUUGUGGACCACUAAGGACUUUGCUGCUAUUUGAACACAGUGACAUUGUUGUCAUCUCGCUGCUGAGUGUUUUAUUCACUAGCUCUGGAGGAGGACCAGCAAAGACUAGAGGAGCUGCUUUCUUCAUUAUUGCUGUGAUCUGCUUACUGCUUUUCGACAAUGAUGAUCUCAUGGCGAAAAUAGCUGAACACCCUGAGGGGCACCACGACAGCGCACUCACUCACAUGCUCUACACGGCCAUCUCCUUCCUAGGGGUGGCGGACCACAAGGGUGGAGUAUUGUUGCUAGUACUGGCUUUGUGUUGUAAAGUUGGUUUUCACACAGCUUCCAGAAAGCUCUCCAUAGAUGUUGGAGGAGCCAAGCGUCUUCAAGCCUUAUCGCAUCUUGCUUCUGUCCUUCUGCUGUGCCCCUGGGUCAUUGUUCUUUCUCUGACGACCGAGAGUAAAGUUGAGUCUUGGUUUUCUCUCAUUAUGCCUUUCACGAUGGUUAUUUUUUUUGUCAUGAUCCUGGAUUUCUAUGUGGAUUCCAUUUGUUCAGUCAAAAUGGAAGUUGCCAAAUGUGCCCGCUAUGGAUCCUUGCCCAUUUUCAUUACUGCUCUCCUUUUUGGAAAUUUUUGGACCCAUCCCAUAACAGACCAGCUUCGGGCCAUGAGCCGAGCGGCACACCAGGGGAGCACGGAGCACGUUCUGUCUGGAGGAGUGGUCGUGAGCGCCGCGUUCUUCAUGCUCUCGGCCAACAUCUUAUCGUCCCCUUCUAAGCGAGGGCAGAAAGGCACUCUGAUUGGAUAUUCCCCCGAAGGAACACCACUGUACAACCUCAUGGGGGAUGCGUUUCAGCACAGCUCCCAGUCCGUCCCUCGGUUCAUUAAGGAAUCGUUGAAACAGAUUCUCGAGGAGAGUGACUCGAGGCAGAUCUUUUACUUCUUGUGCUUGAAUCUGCUGUUCACGUUUGUGGAGUUAUUCUAUGGCGUGCUGACCAACAGCCUGGGCCUGAUCUCCGACGGCUUCCACAUGCUGUUCGACUGCUCUGCCCUGGUGAUGGGUCUUUUUGCCGCCUUGAUGAGCAGGUGGAAGGCGACUCGGAUCUUCUCAUACGGGUAUGGCCGAAUCGAAAUUCUUUCUGGAUUUAUCAAUGCACUUUUUCUAAUAGUAAUAGCAUUUUUCGUGUUUAUGGAGUCAGUGGCUAGAUUGAUUGAUCCUCCGGAGUUAGACACACACAUGUUAACACCAGUAUCAGUCGGAGGGCUGAUAGUAAACCUCAUUGGUGUCUGUGCCUUCAGCCACGCCCACAGUCACGCCCACAGCCACGCCCACGGAGCUUCGCCAGGAAGCUGUCACUCCGAUCACAGCCACUCACACCAUGCCCACGGACACAGCGACCACGGGCAUGGGCACGGGCACAGCCACGGGUCCCCGGGCGGGGGCAUGAAUGCCAACAUGAGGGGUGUGUUCCUCCAUGUUCUGGCAGACACGCUUGGCAGUAUCGGUGUGAUCGUGUCCACAAUCCUGAUAGAGCAGUUUGGAUGGUUCAUUGCUGAUCCCCUCUGUUCGCUUUUUAUUGCCGUAUUAAUAUUCCUCAGUGUUAUCCCACUGAUUAAAGAUGCCUGUCAGGUUCUACUUCUGAGACUACCACCAGAAUAUGAAAAAGAACUGCAUAUUGCUUUAGAAAAGAUACAAAAAAUUGAAGGAUUGAUAUCAUACCGAGAUCCUCAUUUCUGGCGCCAUUCUGCCAGUAUUGUGGCAGGAACAAUUCAUAUCCAGGUGACGUCCGAUGUGCUGGAACAAAGAAUAGUACAGCAGGUCACAGGAAUACUAAAAGAUGCAGGGGUUAACAAUUUAACAAUUCAAGUAGAAAAAGAGGCAUACUUUCAACAUAUGUCUGGCCUGAGUACUGGAUUUCAUGAGGUUCUGGCUAUGACCAAGCAAAUGGAGUCCAUGAAAUACUGCAGAGAUGGUACUUACAUCAUGUGAGAGAAUUCAAGAAGGACGCCUAGGGUGUGUGCAAACCACCAAGAUCCAGUGGCUCAGGGCUGGUGGUACCGCAAGGACAGAGACUUUAAAGCUCCCUCGUAUUGGAUGAAGGACUCUCUCCUACAGGAAAUUUAACUAUUGAUUGAAGCAUUGAUUGCACAAGGAACGUGGUGAUUUGAAUUACGUGUUUGAAGCGAAUCUAGAGAUUGAGUGAACAUGAUGUGUCAUAUCAUCUUCAGAAAUGGACACAAUGAUGGAUCUGGUGAAGACCAAAAUGACUUCUGCGUUUCCUUUCUAUCAGAAAGCAUCUCCAUUGUACAUAUGUACUUAUGUGUUCAUUAUGCAAAUCCAAAUGAAAAAUUUUUAGUCGAUUUUUGCAUAGCCUCAAGAUAAAAUAGGAAUAAAAGUUCUAUAUUUAUGGAUAUUCUGUAUAUAAAAUUGGUUUCUAAUUAUAAGCUAAGACCAUUAAGUAGAAUCUGUAUUGUCACUUCAAAAGUAAACUGUUAUUGGGGGAAGCUUCGGCCACUGAUAGGACAUCAACAGUGAGGGCAGGAAGUACAUGACACUGCAGUUUUUGAUGUUAUUAAAACCAACCACUCUGUAAAAUAAA